CGCAGACGCAACGGCUGAAGCGGAUACCUGGCUGCUAAGGGGUGCGCUCGGGGUCUCCCGGAAGGGGUUCCCCGCCAUGGGCCGCAGGAGGGCACCGCGCGGGCCGGGGGAGGAAGGCGGCCGAGCUCGGCACCUCCCCGGCCGCUCCUUGGAGGCUUUCUCCCGGGAGGUGGACGCCGCGCUGCGCGCGUCGGUGCAGCCAGAGGCGGCCGAGGGCGAGGGCGACCCGGGCCCGGCGGCGCUGCCCUGCGCGCUGGCCAUGUGGGAGCUGGGCCACUGCGACCCCCGGCGCUGCACCGGCCGCAAGCUGGCCCGCCUGGGGCUGGUGCGCUGCCUGCGCCUGGGCCACAGGUUCGGCGGCCUCGUGCUCAGCCCCGUGGGCUCCCAGUACGUGUCCCCAGCAGACAGACAGCUGGUGGCACAGUCUGGGGUCGCUGUCAUUGAUUGCUCCUGGGCCCGACUGGAUGAGACGCCGUUUGGGAAGAUGCGAGGGAGCCACUUGCGGCUGCUGCCCUAUCUGGUGGCUGCGAACCCUGUGAACUAUGGCCGGCCCUGCAAACUUUCCUGUGUGGAGGCUUUUGCUGCCACCUUCUGCAUAGUAGGCUUUUCAGACCUUGCUAUAAUCUUACUGCGGAAAUUUAAGUGGGGCAAGGGUUUCUUGGACCUGAACCGCCAGCUCUUGGACAAGUACGUGGCCUGCAGUGGCCCAGAGGAGGUACUGCGGGCAGAGCAGGAGUUCUUGGCCAGCCCCAGGGAGAGCCCCGAGGAGGAGGAGAUCGACCUCUUUGAUGUGGAUUCAGGGCGAGAGUUUGCAAACCCCAACAGGCCCGUGGCCAGCAACCGACUGCCCCCGGACACUGACGACAGUGACGAGUCUGAGGAACAAGAGUCUGACGCGGAGGACAGCAGCAGCUGCUCCAAAGAGGGGGAGACUGCGGAACAAGGGGCUGCGGCCAGGGCCCCAACCCAGAUUUGGAAAGGAAUCAAGAAGCGGCAGAGAGACCGAAGGUAGCAGGCGUGUGUAUUGCAGAGACUGGGUGACAAGGGAAAUCGAGAGACGUGGGAACACAGGCAGGCCUGGUGGUCUUGGCCCCCGGAGGACGGGCCGCUCCAGCUUCUCGCGGCCUUGCUCUGGGCCCCGCCUCGGAGCCUCUCAAUAAAGCUGCCGGCCAGGAAGGA